GAUGCUGGAACAUACAGAUUAGGAUUGGGGGAUAUGAGCAGUGCCACUGUGACCCUAAAAGUAUAUAAUAAAACUCAAUGUGGGGUGCCAAAAAUAAUGAGCGCUUAUCUUGGACAAAAUAUCACCAUCAACUGUAACUAUCCAGAGGAGUAUGAGAGAAACACAAAGAAUCUUAUCAGACUGAAUGAUGAUAGUUUUAUUCAAGAUGUUCUUGAUACUAACACAAAUUUUCAGAACGGCAGAUUCUCCAUUUCUGAUAAUACAAGUGCUAAAGUUUUCAGCGUGAACAUCAGCAACGUGGAAGAAAAUGAUGAAGCGUUUUAUUUAUUUGGAGUUUGGAAUCAAGAUGUGGGAGUGAGUUAUUGGACAAUCUUUGCACAGAUGUGGCUACAGGUUACAGCAACAUCCGAAAGCUCCCUGGUGGCAUUAGAAGCACCGCCCAAACCUGCUCUGUGUUUCAGUUCCCCUUUAUUCAUCACUGUGUGUGUCUGUGGGGCUCUGCUGCUGAUUGGAGGAUUUGCAUUGAUGAUUUCCAAACUGAGAUACAAAAAAAUACAAGAUGAUACUCCUUCAUACAAAAAUACAGACAAUAGACCAGUUACUUCUGAUCGUAACACUGAUUCUGUUCAAUUUUAUGAAAACUUCAACCUGAGCACAGUAUGUACCAAUACACCAACCAUUUCCUGAUGUCCUGUUACAGCUGUUGAUCUCUGCUAACCUUAAUGUUCUGUGUAGCC